AUGAGUUGGAGUUCGAGCAUGGAUGUCCACUUCAUGGAGACUAGUUAUCCUUAUAAUUCAGCUGGAAGCUUCAUGGAAUACUUUCAAGGUCUCACAUAUGAACACGUGAAUUUCAUUUUUGAUGGUGGUUGCCAUGCUCAGGACAGUAGCUGUGACAAUUCAAAUUUCUACAAAUUUGGCACUUCGCAACCGGGGGGUACUUCGUAUUAUGAUCCGAGUCAUGCUUAUGAAGUCCGUGAUCAUGGACACGCGAUCGAUGAAUACAUACGACCCUUUCUGAGUUCUUCACAAAUGCCCAUUGAGCGGACUGUUGGCAGAAAUACAGAGUGGGAUAGUCAUGAGAGCGCAACUGCCAAUGAAGACCCUAUUGACUGUGUGCGGAGACAUCAUAGUGAUCAUGAUUACCAUGAGGCUGUGUGGCAAGACAGCGUUGAUCCCGACCAUAUGACUUACGAGGAAUUGCUCGAACUAGGUGAGGCAGUCGGAAGUCAGAGUCGAGGGCUCUCCCAAGAACUCAUCUCUUUGCUUCCUGUGACGAGAUACAGGCGUUGCAUCUUCGCAAGAAGGAAAUCAAGAACCGAAAGGUGUGUAAUUUGCCAAAUGGAGUACAAGCGAGCUCAGAAGCGCAUCACAUUGCCGUGCAAGCACAUCUACCAUGCCAGCUGCGGUACUAAAUGGCUUAGCAUCAAUAAGGCAUGCCCCAUAUGUUACACCGACGUGUUAGCAUCAAACGUCAAGAAAUAAGCCAAACUGAAAGCAAAUACUCUCUUACCAUGGAAAAUUUUCCCGAUAUCCAAGUUUGGGAUGGUACUGUUUUCUCUCAUCCAUACAGUUGUGUUAGUUUCUGGGUUUUAGUUGGCUUCUUUAGUAGGAUUGGAGUGGAAGGAGUAGAAAAGGUGGCGGGGGGAAAUGGAAAAGAAAAGUGAAGAGAAGGGAUCAUGAUCAUGAUCAUGAUAUGCAAUGCUUGUUAUGCAAGGCAGCCAUAACCUGCAUAUUCAGUUUUUUCUUUUCCUUCUUUCAUCAAUACUUAGUAUGUUAGUGGUGUGGAUUAGUGACAAAAAGUAAAUAACUUUUUGUGUCUGAAUUGUGUAAUUGACUAAUUUUCUUCGUUAAUUGUGAUGGUGGGCCGAUUCCUUUGACUUGUUCUUCGAUUCCGGCUAAAACAAAGCCCGGAGAGGGAAGGCCCAUGGGCUUUCACCCCAAAAAAAAAAAAAAAGUCGGCCUUCACCCUUUAUUAGCCGACCCACUGAGUUCAGCGAGUAUUUUACAUCUCUCCGCGCGCCGACCU